UGUGGUGAAGAGGCCUCCCAGCACAAGAUGUCCUACUCCAGCGAGUCCUGCGGCGUGAGCUGCCCCCAGCCCAUCGCGGAGAGCUCCAACGAGCCAUGUGUGCAGCAGUGCCCUGACUCCAGAGCCCUGAUCCUGCCCCCGCCGGUGGUGGUGACCAUCCCGGGCCCCGUGCUCAGCAGCUUCCCUCAGGAGAGCAUUGUGGGAUCGUCUGGCCCAGCCUGGCUGGGGCGUUCCUUCAGUUCCCGCAGCUCCCAGGGCUACGGGGGCUCCUUUGGGCUGGGAGGUUCUGGGGGUUCUGGGGACUCCCUGGCCUUGGGGGGCUCCUCUGGCUAUGGGGGCUCCUUUGGGUCAGGAGGUUAUGGGGGCUCCCAGGGCAAUUGGGGCUCCUUUGGCUAUGGGGGCUCGUUUGGGUUGGGAGGUUAUAGGGGCUCCCAGGGCUAUGGGGGUUUCUCAGGCUAUGGGGGCUCCCUGGGGGGCUAUGGGGGCUCCCGGGGCUAUGGGAGCUCCUUUGGCCUGGGAAGCUGUGGGGGCUAUGGGGGCUCCCAGGGCUAUGGGGGUUCCCUUGGCUACGGCCGUUCCCUGGGUUAUGGAGGUGGCAUUGGCUAUGGGGGCUCCCUGGGGGGCUAUGGGGGCUCCUUUGGCAAUUGCGGGAGGUCCUACAGCUCUGGCUUCUCCUCGCGGGGCCUGGGCUAUUCCCUGCCUGGCUCCCAGAGAUGGGGCAGGUCCCGCCGCGGGAGCUGUGGGGUUUUCUAAAGCUGCCCUGUCAGUGCCCGCCCCCAGAGGCAGUGCCAGCCCUGGAGCCGAGCCUGGGCCAUGGGGACACCUGGCAGGAGCCGCUGGCAGUGGCAGUUGAGUGUGCCCUGGGUGUGCCCUGAGCCCUCCAUCCCCUCGGGACACCCUGAGCCCUCCAUCCCCUCGGGAUACCCUGAGCCCUCCAUCCCCUCGGGACACCCCGAGCCCUCCAUCCCCUCGGGAUACCUCAGCCCUGCAUCCCCUCUCUGUGCCCAGAGCUCUCCAUCCCCUUGGGACACCCUGAGCCCUCCAUCCCCUCUCUGUGCCCAGACCUCUCCAUCUCUGGCUUAUCCCGGUCCUGAGCAAGGCCCUGCUCCUAGAGCACGAGUCCUGCAUCCCCUGCUGUCCCUGGGAUCGUUUGGAUUCCCUGCCCUCGGCUGUUGCUUUUCUCUCUGACAUUAAACCCCUGUUGGUGUUGCACAAAA